UCUUGGUGCCGUUUAAUUCGAGCGUACACAUACAUGAAGGCAUAUGGCCUAUAAAACAUCAGUGUGUUGUGUAGCUUAAUGUAAUUAUGCAUGUGAUGUCUGGAGUAUUUCACGAGGAUUAGUGACCACUGGUUAAUAUUUCCCUCCAGCUGGAAUGACAUCGACAGAAAAUAGUGACCCCAAAGCCCCGCCCCAGACCCCUGUGUUGACCGUGGCAUGUCGUAUGCUACGUUCGCCCUCUCAUGAAUCUGUUACCACGGACCUCUCGCUAUUCUCCGUGUCAUCCAUCGCAUCUGAAGCAGCAGGGGGCGGUGCUCGAGGGAUGCGUCUUGUCACCUUCAAGUCUUACAGUGAUGUACAGCUGUCUGCCAGGGGACCUAGCCCCAAUCCAGAUAGUCGGGGUCAAACCACUUCGAGGCCAGCUGACAUCCCAGAGAUCCUUUGGUUUGAGGAGGAGAACGACCUGAUACGGAGCUGUGCUGUGCUCUCCUCUGCUCUCGGUCUGCAGAAGAGUUUUAGCACGAGCGACAUCAGCCAGCUGCCAUCGCCCGAAGAGACACCCCACCAACCGCCCCCGCGGUGUGCUGUGUCGGAGUUGGCCCUCAGCUCUGUCCAGAGAUCGGGAUACCUGCUGGACCAUCCUCGACUUGACCAUGCCUCUCGUUCCUGCUCCACGUGGGUAGCUGUCGGAGAUGUAGCCUCCACCUCGCAGCUCCCGUCGCCCCACGGAGGGCAUAACACUACGGCUCCUGCUGUCAGCACUCCCCCAGCUUUCACCGCUGCUGAUCUUAUUAGAUCCGUCAAUAAAAAGGUUCGUCAGAAUUACAUCCGAAGGCGUCUCCUGACAACAUACAAGGCUCUUGAACGGUUAUCCCAAAGUGAAUUCAAUCUAGACCGACUUGAAGUGACAGCUGCUACAGCUGCUGCAAAUGUCAACAAUGCCAGCAGCUCUGCAGGGGGUGUGACAACAACUGCUCCCAUUGGUUCUGGUGCCACUCAUCUCACGGUCCCUGGUUCUACUCCCAGUACAAGUAUUUCAGUUCCAACCUCUGCUACCAGCGCUGCAGUGCUUCGUGUUGUAAAGCAAAGGGCCAACAAGAACUUACCACUGACAAUUAGAGACGUUGAAAGGGAAAGGGGGAAGCCCCUGUCUAAAUAUGAGCGCAACAUGAUGAUCUUUAACUGGCUGCACACAUUAGAUGACUCAGCCUUUGAAGGUCUUCAGUAAUUCAGCAUAAAAUUCUGCCACCAGCAAGUGAAGGAGUAUUGAUUGAAAAAUCCUAUGCUAUGUUCCCAGUGAGAGUAAGAUAAUUCAGGGAGCAAAGAAUGUGGAGAAGGUCACAUUGUUUUAAAAUUAUUUUUGCUCUUUAAUUUCUCAGGUAUAUAUGAUAUUG